ACCUCUCCCCACGGUGUGGCUGGCUAGCCCGGGGAUCUCUACGCUGCUUGGUCUUUGCUAACGGAGAUGAAGGCAGUAAUUGUUCAGCAACAGGUUUCAGAUAUAAGUCCCUUGGUGACGCUAAUAGUUUUUGAGCCUUUACUAUGCCUAAACUUUUUUAGAAGUUUAGAAAAUGGCAGUGAAUAAAGCAGAUAAAAAUCUGUGCCCUAGGGGAGCUUGCAUUGUAAUCAGAUUUGAGAAGAAGUGGAUUGGAAGUGGGAUUAACUCACAAUCAAAAUUUUGUCUGGGUUGGAGGAAGAGGAAGUUAUUUGGGACCAAAAAGACAUACAGGUGUGAGUUUAUUUGGGAGGGAGGAAGGAAUCCUCAUCAGGUGUGCAGGAAUGUUGGAAGAGCCUAAAGAUUAGACUGUAAGGAAAGAAAAUAGAAGCCAUGUUUCGAAGACCUGUGUUACAGGUACUUCGUCAGUUUGUAAGACAUGAGUCCGAAACAGCUACCAGUUUGGUUCUUGAAAGAUCCCUGAAUCGUGUGCAGUUACUUGGGCGAGUGGGUCAGGACCCUGUCUUGAGACAGGUGGAAGGAAAAAAUCCAGUCACAAUAUUUUCUCUAGCGACUAAUGAGAUGUGGCGAUCAGGGGACAGUGAAGUUUACCAGAUGGGUGAUGUCAGUCAAAAGACAACAUGGCACAGAAUAUCAGUAUUCCGGCCAGGCCUCAGAGACGUGGCAUAUCAGUAUGUGAAAAAGGGGUCUCGAAUUUAUUUGGAAGGGAAAAUAGACUAUGGUGAAUACAUGGAUAAAAAUAAUGUGAGGCGACAAGCAACAACUAUCAUAGCUGAUAAUAUUAUAUUUCUGAGUGACCAGACGAAAGAGAAGGAGUAGAAAGGAUGAUUCUUCUUCGGCCAUCAUUGGGUACAGUCUCAUUUCCAAGUCAUGUAUAAUCUUUAUCGCUCCCAAGGACAAGAAUUAAAAUACUCUUUUAC